UAAACACAAUAAAAAGCCUAUUAAUAUAUAGGGUUGAUGUCUCCACCUUAACACCUUAGAUCUUAUCCAAAACUAAAGAAGUCAUGAAAUACUCAGACUCAGCAAAGACAUGAUCAUUAGUAACUUCAUCUGCUGUAUGAUCAAACAACAACAACAACAACAACAAACAACAGAAUCUUCUUAAAGUCUAGAUUUUUUUUUUCAAUUUACCCCAAUCAAUAAUUUUUGUUACCCCAUUAUGUCUAAAAAGUAGAAUCCAUAGAUUUAUAAUCAAUGGGGGACCCAUUUUGAGUAAGACCCUUUAUCAAUCAGAAUGUGAUUCCAAUAGGAGCAAACACAAGUGUGUUGUUUUCAUGCUUUCUAAUAUCAAUAUCUUAAGUUUGAGUGGAUCCAAAGGGAUUUAGAUACUAAAAAUGAGUUCUUCUUGAAGAAAUUCUAUUUUCUGACUCUGGGUUCUUUCUGUUUCUUUCUUUCUUUAGCUGCUGCCUAUCUAUUUCUGUAUCUAUCUAUUCUGAAGUGGGGUUUGCAAAGAUGCUUGGUUCAGGGAUGAAUUUGAUUACAACAAUUAUUGGGUUUGGAAUGAGUGCUACUUUUAUAGUUUUUGUUUGUACAAGAUUGAUUUGUGGAAGACUUAGAGCUGCUGAUUCUAGACCUGUGUUUGAGAUGGACUCUAGAACUGAUCUUGAACAGCCAGAGCAUAGGAUUACUGGCCUGGAACCAGUGGUUGUUGCUUCACUGCCCACAAUGAAGUUCAACCGCGCAGAUUUCCAAUCUGCAGAAGAUGCUCAGUGCUCAAUAUGUUUAGGAGACUAUGAAGAGAAAGAGAUACUACGUAUAAUGCCAAAAUGUAACCACAAUUUUCAUCUUUCAUGCAUUGACGUGUGGUUAGAAAAACAAUCAACUUGUCCAGUUUGCCGUAUCUCGUUACAAGAAUCAUCAUCAAAACCUGCAAUAUCACCAAGGUUCGGUUUACUUGUCCAAUCUGUAGAUGGUUCUCAUGUGAUUAACGAUUAUUCUCAUCCUCAGCAAUGGAGUCAUCCUUAUUAUCGUGAACAUUCAAACAGUAAUUCAAGUAAUCAAGGUCUUAGAGAACCUAUACCGCGAAAUUCUGACACUACUAUUACUACGUAUUCAAUUGAAGUCGUAGAAACCAGGAGAUAACCUGCUGUAAAUUUGUUUCUGAAAUGUUCAUGUAAAGAUAGAUUUGACUGGUUUGAUUUCGAUUUUCAGAGAGAUAUGUUUCUGAUUGGUUACACGAUGAAUUUAAUUUAUGUACUGUUAGAGUUAGCUAGCUUAUAUCAAUAUUUCCAAGUGUUUGUAAAGUGAAAUUAAAAAUUGCUUGUAGUUUGUAGGUUGGGUCUGUAUAUCUGUAUUCUUAUCUAAAGAAUACAGAUGAAUUGAGAGCAUUCUUUGAAGAUUUAAGCUCGUAUGUCUGAAUUAUGAUUAUUAUCUUUAUGUAUAUACUAGGUUAAUAA